CACUGUUCACAGAAAACUACAAAGAGAAUAAGGUACAUUUAGAUGUUAUUCUCUGUAAACAUAACUUGAAUACUUAAACUGCCAUGAGUAUAUAUUUGCAAUAGAUUCUGCUUAAUUGGGACACAUGAAGAUCAGAUGUGCCAAUUAUCCAAGUUUUAAUUUAAAUUAUUAUUGAAAAACAAAAGUACUGAAGUACAUGUAAAUGAAAACCUUCUCUUUUUUUUAUCUCUAAUUGAAAUUUUGGAUUUUAAUUAUGCUAUAUAUCGGUAUUUAAAAAAAAAAAUCUGAUUUCGCAUUUAAAAUGAUUUGUUACACUUAUAUUAUUUAUUAAAAUGUCAUUUAUUUGUUUUGCAGAUUCAGAGCUUUACCAAAAAAUUAAAGGGGAGGAAAAAGAAAGUAAAAGCCAAAAAAGAAAAAUCAGCCGAAUCUUUGCCAAAUGUCCCAGAUUUCUCUGAUUUUGACAAUUAUGAACUGAUCAUUGAAAGCUCUAAACUAGCCACAUCCAGCACACCUAAGUGUGAAGGGAGGGCAGCUCUUCGAUGUCUUUCACAAAACAUUUCAAACAUUAGUCAUGAAGAAAAUGCAUCACCACUUCAACGACUUUCUCAAAAUAUGUCAAACAUCAGUCAUGAGGAAGAUAUGCCGUCCUUUCAAAGUCUGUCUCAAAACAUUUCAAGAAUUAACCAUGAGGACGAUGUGCAGGAUUCUGAUAGCUGCAAUCCUCAAAGCUUAAUUAGUUUAAAAAAUGUAGAAUCUUGCAACAUCACUUAUAGGCUGCACAAGCCUACCAAAACUAUAGCUAU